UACAAGUGCAACCUCCUAGCUUGCUGCCUAUAAAAAUCAAGAAACCUCCUCGAAUUCAGUUUGUGCUGGAAACUUAAACCCCACCUAACUGUCUAGUUCUCCCUGUGUGUGAUCCCAAAAAGAGAGAUUUUUCUGACAAAAAUGGGUGCAGCAACUUGCAUAGAUAUUAUUCUGGCCAUUCUUCUGCCUCCUCUUGGUGUCUUCCUUAAAUUUGGCUGCAAGCAUGAAUUCUGGAUAUGUUUGUUGCUUACCAUCUUGGGCUAUAUUCCUGGAAUCAUUUAUGCUAUUUAUGCCAUCACCAAGUAUUGAUGGAUCCUUUCCUGUUAGUAUCAUAUUCUUUGAUUAUUGACAGGUGGAGAUGGCGAGGCUAUAUAAAUCUUAUUGCUGAUUAGUGUGUCAUGGAGUGAUUUGUUUAAAAGUUUUUAUCUUGCUUUAAUUCAUUCUGUAAAAGUCAUUAUGUAGUGUGUGACUUCUUCAACUUUUAUUGUAAGUAAUUACUUUGAUUUGAUCA